GGCCGCUGGGGCUCGGCAGCAUGUCGGUCAGCAGAAAGGACUGGUCCGCGCUGUCCAGCCUGGCCAGGCAGAGGUCCAUAGAGGACGAGGAAGAGAGGGAGCGGGAACGCCGCAGGAGGCAUCGCAACCUGAGCUCCACCAGUGAAGAGUCUCCCAAGCUCACCCAGAACGGAGACCGGCUCAAUGUGGACAGACUGCCGAGCGUGGGGGAAGCAGAGGCCCUGACCCCACCACCCCAAGUCUCCAAAGACGAGGACGAGGACUACCAGGCCAUCCUCCGCACGAGGCAGGAGCGGCGGCAGCGGCGGCGGGCGGUGGAGUCUGCGCACGCGCACGCGCCCGCCCGGGGUUGGCUGGAGGCGGAGGAGGGCGGAGCCGGCGCCGGCGCCCCGCCCCUCACGCUGCAGGCUCCGGCGGAGGAAGCCGACGCCCCUGCGCGCCGGAGUCGGAGCCGAGAGUCGCGCGGCCUCGGGGCCCGGCAGGACGAGCGCUCCGCCGACGGAGAGCCAGGAGAUGGGGGCAAGGGGCUCCCCGAGAAGCCCUCCCUCAGUCCCGAGAAGACGGCCCCGGGGAAGAACGCGGAUCCGGAGAAAGGCCCCCUCACAGAGAAGGGCCCUGUCUCAGGGAAGCGCUCCUUGGUUCCCGAGAAGACCCUAGCGUUCGAGAAGCAGUCGGCCUCCGAGAAGACUUCCCUCCCGGAGAAGAGCCCAGUUUCAGGGAAAUCCUCCUCGGUUCCCCAGAAGACGUUGGCCUUUGAGAAGAGACUGGGCGUGGAGAAACGCCCCCCCUCAGAGAAGAGCCCCGUCUCCGGGAAGACCUCUGUGUCAGCGAAGGCAUUAGCGUUUGAGAGGCGAUCCGCCGCAGACAAACCCUCUCCCUCAGAGAAGAGCCCAGUCUCAGAGAAAACCUCCAUUCCAGAGAAGACGGCCGCCUUUGAGAGGCGAUCCGCCUCAGAGAAGACGUCCAGCCCCGAGGAAGCACCCGUGUCGGAAAAGACAGCUGCCCCAGAGAAAAGACCUGUCUCAGAGAGGAGGCUGGGUUCAGACAGAACCGAGAAGACGCCCACUGCAGGGAAAACCUUCGUGUCAGAGGAGGCCGCGGUCUCCGAGAAGAAAUCGGCUCCAGAGAAGACGGGCCCCUUGGAGAAGGCAUUGGCCCUGGAGAAAUCAUCCAGCUCGGAAAGGAGAUUGGUGUCGGAGAGAGCAUCCAUUUUUGAAAAGACCCAGACCUCAGAGAAGACCACAACCCCAGAGACAAAGCCGACCCUCAAGAGGGCAGUAACCUCUGAGCAGCCCCAGACCAGGGAGCAGCUGGCUUCCGCGGGGGUCCAGCCCGCCACCAAGGGGCAAAGAAGGACCCUUUCUGAGAAGAGCCCCCCUCCCUCAGCAGAGCCAAGGGAGCAGGGGGAGCCAAACUCUUCCACUGUGGCUUCCCGCCUCCCAGCCUUCACCUUCCAGGUGAAAAUCCCCAGCAAGGAGGAGGAAGCAGACACAACCUCACCUACCCAGGUCACCUACAGCAGCUCCCUCAAACGAUCCAGUUCCAGGACCAUCUCCUUUCGGAUGAGCCCGAGGAAGGACAACUCGGAAAUGCCCUUAACCCGCAGUGCCAGCGUGAGGCUCCCCUCUAACUCAUUCAAGUUAGGAGAGAAACUGGAGAGAUACCACACGGCGAUACAGAGAUCAGAAUCGGUCAAGUCCCCAGGCUCCUCGCGCACAGAGUUCUUUGUGGCCCCCGUGGGUGUUGCCAGCAAGCGCCACCUCUUUGAGAAGGGGCUAUCCAGCCAGAGUCCAGCAGAACCAGCCUCCAGCAGGAAGGAUAACUUGAGGCUCUCUGGGGUAGUGACGUCAAGACUCAACCUGUGGAUCAGCAGGACUCAGGAGUCUGGCGAACUGGACUCCCAGGAGGUGCAGAAGGAGGCGGCAGCCACCAGGAGGACCCAGUGGGGGAAGAAGUCAGAUACCCCCCUGGAUGCUGAGGUGUGACGAGCUCUGCCCAGAUCGACCUGCACGUCUGCAUCUCAAGGGCCUGCCACAGGCCAACCUGCCCCUGCAGCAGCAUCCCUGCUCCUCACCACCCUUGUCCCCUCCUUCCUGCCUGGGAGACUUGGCCAGCACCCUGUCCGUCCAGCCCUGGACCAGUGCCACCCUGUACCUUCUUGUCCCGCUGCAGGCACAGCCGGUCCCUGAGCUUGCCAGGCUGGGAUCCAGUGCCAGCCCCAUCAGUAUCUUGUUCAGAGUUGUCACCUCCUACCUGCUCACCCUCAGAGCCAGGGCAGGGCCAUCUCAGGAAGUCUAGGGUCACCUGCCCCCAGCAGGUACCUGUGUCUUUGUCUCUCCCUCCCUGAAGCCCAGGCCCUCUCACCCAUCCUGGGACUACUCCCAGCCCACCAAGGCCAGAUGACUACAGGGUGGGGAUGGGGCAUUCACCAUCCAAGCACCCCAUCUCCCUGCUGUGUCUUCCCCUGCCCUCCCCAGCCUGCUGCCUGGGCCAGGAGCCCUGUGCCCUCUUAUGUACCCCUUGCCCUCUUUGAAGAAUCUGUUCUCAGGAUGGAGCUGAUAAAACUCAUGCACUCUCA